AUGACUACGUCCACCGAUUCCAACGAAUAUUAUCAAAGGAUCGGCGCGGGUUUCUGCGGCACAGUGUGGGCAAGAAGCCUAGAAGGGCCUGCCAUCAAGCGCGAAGAUGGAGGACCAUCUCGAUCACUCGCCAACGAUUUCGCGAUGCACAAACGAGCAUACGAGGCAUUUCUCAGUCUAUCCUGUGCUAAGCACUUCAUGGAAAACUCACCAACAGAGCCACACGCGCGUAUUCCUCAGUGCCACAGAUAUAUUACGCCGGAAAACCAGUCUUGGUGGAACGAAAAUCUCCGAUGGUUCCCAGACGGAUAUGCAGCCUGUAAUGCGAUCCUGUCCGAGAGAAUCCCUCCUUUUCCCGAGCACGUCAGACGUCUUCUCGUGGACACGUAUUGUCCUCCUGAAAUUCGCCAGCAGAUUCUGCACAGCGCCAGCAACGAAGCCUGCCUCAUCCGACCGUAUAUCGGCCGCCAGCGCACCUACGGCACGGCCAUGAACGUCCGAUCUCGAUUUCGAGGCUUUUCCCUCCGAAACUUCCCCCUUCAUGUCGAUCAGAUGGCUGAACUGGGGAUCCGCGCCGAGGAUGUCGACUGUUAUGCUGCCAUGAUGGGCCAAGCACUGGCCACGCUUCACUUGAUUGGGAAGAUAGAUGCGAACGACGUCGAAUUUGUUUUGGCUCCGAUCGGCAGCAACACCAUCACAAAUAUAUUGGGGACACAUACCAUGUGGAUCCUGGACUUUGACCUUUGUCACUCCAUCUCGAUGGAUCAGAAGGGUGUUCGGCAAGCUGUUGAUGCUUUCUUCAAGAACGACCCAUUCUGUCCACAGCCGCACACGGCACACUGGCCGGCGUUUCGUCGUCAGUACUUAGGUGCCGCUGAGCAGAUUGCUCGUAUCUACCACAAAGAUGAGGUUAAUACUAACUUUGACCUGGGUCGUCAGUUUGUGAAGCUUGUGGAGUCGAGGAAGUGA